ACAACCUCGUUUUACGUCGAGCUAGUGACAUAAAAUUUUGGGCCGCAGGAUUCUCUGGCAGUGUGUUAAAACAGCCGGAAAACGGACAAAAUGAUCAGUAGCAUGAAAAAAUUAUUUAAAGCCUUCAGUUGUAAAACCACCAGGAUCAGAAUAAGCGAGUGAAUCCCUUCAGAUCCUCACCCCUGUAACUAGAAUGGCGUCAAUGGCCAUCCAAGAACAAAACCCUCACUUCGUCUUGCUUCCUUUCCUGGCCCAAGGCCACAUGAUUCCAAUGGUGGAUCUUGCCAGGUUGCUGACCAAGCGCGGUUUGACGAUCACCAUUCUAACAACCCCUCAUAAUGCCGACCGAUUUCAGUCGGUCAUCGACCGUGAAAUCGGCUCUGGACUCAACAUUCGUAUAAUCCACCUCAAAUUUCCAUGCGCUGAAGCCGGGCUUCCAUAUGGCUGUGAGAAUUUCGACAUGCUCCCGUCGAUCGAUUGUGGAGUGAAAUUCUUCAGAGCUACAGCCAUGCUGAAUGAGCAGGUUGAGGAGUUGCUCCGGCAGCUGAAGCCCUUUCCUCGCUGCUUCAUUGCUGAUAUGUGUUAUCCUUGGGCCACGAAGGUUGCUCGGAAGUUGCACAUUCCAAGAAUUCUCUUUCAUGGGACGUGUUGUUUUUCUCUCUUAUGCACGCACAUCAUACGAAUUUCCAAAGAUUUGGAAACUAUAGCUUCUGAUACUGAGUACUUUGUCGUGCCUGGAUUGCCUGAUAGAAUUGAGUUAACUAGAGCUCAGCUCAGAGGCACUCCAAAUGAACGGAAUUCUGAUUGGAGGGAGCUCUGGGAUCAGAUGGCAGAGGCUGAGGGAGAAGCAUUUGGAACAGUUGCCAACAGUUUUGAAGAGCUGGAACCUGAUUACAUUAAAGAAUACAUGAAAGCCACAGGAAAGAAGGUGUGGUGUGUUGGUCCUGUUUCCUUGUGCAACAAAAGUGACUCAGACAAGACUGAAAGAGGAAACAAAACCUCUAUUGGCGGACAAGAAUGCCUGAAAUGGCUCGACUUGCAGGAACCAGGCUCGGUUAUUUAUGUUUGCCUCGGAAGCCUAUCCUGCCUGCCUACUUCACAACUGAUCGAGCUCGGCUUAGCGUUGGAAGCUUCAAAGAGACCCUUCAUUUGGGUUCUCCGAAAUGCAUCUGAAGAAUUCCAAACAUGGCUUUUGGAAGAAAAAUUCGAGGAAAGGAUCAAGGACAGGGGCAUCUUGAUCCGUGGAUGGGCCCCUCAAGUGCUGAUACUUUCUCAUCUGUCUAUAGGAGGAUUCUUGACGCAUUGUGGAUGGAACUCGACUCUGGAAGGAAUAACGGCAGGCGUGCCGAUGAUAACAUGGCCGCUUUUCGCCGAGCAAUAUUGCAAUGAGAAGUUCAUUGUGAAGGUGAUAAAGACAGGAAUAAGAGUUGGUAUUGAAACGCCUGUUGUGUUUGGAGAAGAGGAGAGUGUGGGAACGCUGGUGAAGAGUGAUGAGAUUAAGAGUGUUAUUGAGAGGUUGAUGGACGGGGGAGAAGAAGGGAAUGAGAGGAGAAAACGAGCUAAAGAGCUGGGGGAAAUGACGAAAAGGGCAGUGGAGGAAGGGGGUUCCUCUUACCUGAAUAUGACUUUGUUCAUUGAAGAUGUCAUGGCGGAACAAGCAAACUCUGGAGACCGAUCUGCAAAUCAUGAAAAUGCAUUGGUAGAUCAUGAAAAUUCUGAUGUUGUCAUGGUCCACUGAGACACAGAAAAUGGCGUCAGUGUCACUUCGUUUCCAGAAAGAAAGAAAACAAUCCUUCUGUUAAUGGAUUCUCGCGGUGGAUUUGAUGUCUUGCCUGUUUGUUUACUAUUUUGAGAAAUUGAAAGAUAUUUCUUUGUA